AUGGCGGCAUGGCUAGAUAUUAUCAGAGAAGGAGAGGAUUGGACUUUCGUUGAUACGGACCGGCUAGGAGAGCUUAUGAGGGGGAUGCCGUUUCCUGAACGCCAAUAUCCGGAUUUAAUUUACUUCGCAGGUCAUAAAAGCCGAAUCACAGCCCUACGAUCUUUCCUUCCACAAAAUAAUGUCACCCGCAAGGGUGCUAAUGGGCUGGUCCGCCUACAUAUUGACCAUAAGGCUCUCAAUACGGAUAGUCCUCUCAUAAUUGCUGAGAGCAGUCUAUGCUUACAGCAGAGUACUGGCGAUACCAAAUGGCUCAGAUACGCGACCACCAAGCAUCGAAGAUAUGCACUCUCGAUGACGGGAGGUUUCUCUUCCGCUGAAUCAAUACAGGAAGAAAUAAAAAGACAGCUCGUCCUACCAUGGACUCGGGUCUUGUGCUUGUUUGUCGAAUCCGAAUCCGAUCUCAAAGCCACGCAAAGUUUGCUCCAGCAACCACAUAGACAGCUGCAAGUCGGGAGCCAAGCUAGUCGAACUUCACCUGAGGUGAUCAUUGUACUCAAUAAUAACAUUCACGGGCUAGCGGUCGCCUCACCAGAAUAUGAAAAGCUGCGUCAGAUAGUCGAGGGGAGGAGGAUUACAUUCCUCGAUCUGAGUUCAAGAUCCAGUCUUUCUGACACGAUCGCUUUUGAGCCGUUGUGGGCCCUUAUAUCCGAGAAGCUGCAAUCAGUCCAUGCCGAAGAUGAGAGAGUCUGUGGUCGGUUUUCUGCAUUUCAUCUGAGCUCACUCUGGGACACAAGUGUUCCAGCUAAUGGCCAGCUCUGGAAAGCAUCGCCAUUAGAUCUGCUGGCUCAAGCUCGCAUAGGCUUCCCCAAAACGGAGAAGAAAGAUGACUUCCUGAAAGAGCUCUUAAACAGCGCGAUGCCCUCCGUCAAUCAUAGUGCUGUUUUAGAAGGAUUGGUCGAAGUUGUCGCCUCGGCUUUUCUGAUGAAUGCUUAUCCGCCGGGCAUGCACGGAUUCCCUCCCUCGGUAGUCUUUACCGUCCUAUACGAGGCUCAUUGUACAGAUAUCUGGAAUGGUUAUCCUUUUGGGAGACUCACCGAACGCAUUCGAUCGCGCUUUGUUGAAAGGUUCGCGGAAUUGAGCGUCAACCGAACUUCCUCGUCUAUUCGCAAAGAUGCACUUGGUCAAUUUCAUCGUCAGGGAGGAAACCUAUAUUCCACUACCACCUGCUUUGUUUGCUUGUUUCGGCCUCCAGAGCAUAUGUUGCCUUGUACACACGCAUUGUGUGACACCUGUGUGGCGAUAUUCGGGAAAUUUGAACCCUCCAGGGCGUAUCAAGUCGAAAUUGUCCAAUGUCCGAUUUGUGAACGCAAGUGCAACAUGACCAUUCGUCAACUUCCUCCGACAAAGCGCCCUAUUAUCCUCAGCCUAGACGGAGGAGGCGUCCGGGGUCUCAUCCAGUUGGGACUUCUCUGCGCCUUGGAAAAACGUACUGGUCUACCAAUAGCAUUGCUGCCAGACUUGUGCGCUGGAACGAGUGUAGGUGCAUUAUCGGAAAUUGAUAUCUUCAUCAAUGGUACUUCGACCACCAAUUGUUUCCUCAAGUUUCCCAGUCUAGCACGAAAGAUAUUCCGUCGUGAUUGCAGGAACCCGAUUCUUCGCUACACCCAUUGGCUAGCCUCUGCAUUCAAUCUGACCUCCCACGGGCUCUACGAUUCGAUAAAAUUAUCAAAAACUUUACAAGAAGCCAUCAAUCCCGCCCGUCGAAUCUUUGACGUUCCCACAGUGAACCCAUCAGGUUGUCGAGUGGCUGUUGUGGCAAGUCGUACCUCCGAUGGAAAGGCAUGUGCGAUGGCAAACUAUCGAGGAGUGGGUCGGAAUGCAGCUCCUGCUGCCUAUGACUUUGUGGCUCCCAACGACAACCAAGAGGAACUACUUCUGUUAGAAGCUUACUUUUCCACAAGAGUGUUACCUGGUCUCGGUCCCUUGCAGGACGGAGGGGUGCGUGCAAACAACCCAUUGUCCAUUGCUCUGCGUGAGUCAAGUGUAAUUUGGCCUGCGGCAGAAAGACAUGAUCUCCUUCUCUCGGUCGGAACCGGUUGGUCGUCUGUUAUUCACGAGACCUCCUCAGCCUGUCGCAGCAGAAUCCGGGAGGGCGCUCUACCACGUCUUCUCCGGGCCUUGAUGUUUUCCCCCUCGAUGGACGGCAAACAAAGCUAUUUCGAGGCACUGAAUUAUCUUCCACGCCUUUCGAAGCCGGACAUUUUCCGACUUGACCAUGAGAUCCACGGUCCAAUACCCGAAUUAGACGAUAUCAACUCAUUGGAAAAGAUCUUAAAGAUGAAUUUCAUCGUUCCAGAUUCGCUCGUCCGGGCGGUUCUCGCGACGGCGAUGUUUUUCUUUGAGCUGGAUGAAAACCCCGUCAGAAGUCACGACAGCUUUCAAUGCCGAGGCUCGAUUCUUUGUGCGAGACCCGGUGCUUUUUCCAUCCUCCAGCGAGUAUUAGUCGAAUUUCCCGCUGCUCGAUUUCAGACUAGCCACGGAUGUGAUCUAGGAAAUGUAAGCUCGCUCAAUUGUUGCACUCAUUGCGGGUACUUUCGGAAACCUGUGGCCUUCCCGGUAGCCAGCCUCGGGGAGAGGGUAUCCAUAAAAAUAAUAAGUGGCAACCACUGCGACAGGAUUGGAGGCUUUCCAACAUCCAUACAGAAGCUACUUGAUAGUCAACAAGCUCUUGCUCCUUUUGGUCGCGCAGACCAUUUGGUCUUAGAGUGGCCUCGACACAGGCAAUGCCCCUGUCAUAUUGGAAAAAGGCGUCAGGUUCAAUUCUCCGACCGACCAUGUCUGUCCAAAAAAAGACGACUAUAG